AUGGCGACGCUCCGCCAAUGCUCUUGCAAUCGUGACGCCAACUGCGCCUGCAACCUUGUCAUUGUGGGUUCGAAAGCCAAUGGUCGCGAGCGUCGUUCCACAACUCCACAUCGCUCUGUUCCUUACAUAGCUAUGAUCAGUUUCAUGCAAUGGAUUUCCAGAUUGGUGUUUGGUUCUUAUAUUUGGUCUAAGUUGGAGUUCAGCAUCACUGAUGCAUUGAGGUAUAUUAUGGGCAUUGCAGGGCCUAAUGGCUUUGGUUCUAACUCCACUGCGGAGCAAGUUACAGAAGGCAUCUCUCCUUCUCAUCUCACAGCCAUUAUCACAGGGGCCACUUCAGGGAUUGGAGCGGAGACAGCGAGAGUGCUAGCAAAGAGAGGUGUGAGGCUGGUGAUGCCAGCGAGGGAUUUGAAGAAAGCUGGAGAAGUAAAGAAGAGGAUAAAGAGGGAGAGCCCGGGAGCUGAGAUCAUUGUGAUGGAGAUGGACCUUAGUUCCUUUGCUUCCAUACAAAACUUCUGUUCUAACUUUCUUAGCCUUGGUCUACCACUCAAUAUCCUCAUAAAUAAUGCCGGGAAGCUUUGUCGAAGUUUUCAGCUCACGGAGGACGAGUUCGAGAUGACAUUCGCUACAAAUUACUUGGGUCAUUACUUAUUGACGAAGCUUUUGCUGGGAAAAAUGGCUGAAACGGCAACCAAGACAGGCGUCCAUGGCCGAAUAAUCAAUGUAACGUCGGUGAUUCAUAGAUGGGUCGCCAAAGAAGGAUUCAAAUUUGACGAUAUGUUGCUACCCAAAAGCCGUUACAACGGGACGCGUGCUUAUGCGCUAUCGAAACUGGCCAACAUAAUGCAUGCAAAGGAAAUGGCAAGACAGCUUAAAGAAAGAAAUGCAAAUGUUACCAUCAAUUCGGUUCAUCCAGGGAUUGUUAAGACUGGAAUAAUUAGAGAUCAUAGAGGCUUGAUCACAGACCUCGUGUUUUUCCUAGCGUCAAAAUUGCUCAAAUCAACAGCACAGGGUGCAUCCACAAUAUGCUACAUUGCUAUAAACCCACAGGUCAAUGGAAUUAGUGGAAAAUAUUUUGCAGAUUGCAAUGAAAGCUCAUGCUCUCCUUUAGCUGACGACGACAAUGCAGCAUUUGAUCUUUGGAUGAAAACUAACAUUUUGGUUCAUAAAUCUCUAGCCUUGAAUUAA